UAAUUUCGAAUUUCUCUAGGACAGUUUUAUCUUUGGCUAAAAAAAUGGUAUAAAUAACAAAACGAAUUGCAGAAUUAUUUCAUUCUAUAGAAACUUUAGAUAUCAUAUUUAAACACUAAGAAAACUAUAAUGUGGAAUGAAUGCUCUUUUCUAAGUUUUAGAUUGGGUAUCUGUUUAAGAUAAGCACAAUACAGGAGUGCCAAGUUAAAUAAGGAUUGUGAUAGAGAGGGAGUGCACUUAAAUAGGGUGUUGUCACUUAUUUCAAUUUUUAUACAUGUUAUGUAAGCAGGUUUAAAAUGUAGGUUUAAAAUUUAAAACACUGGAAAGUAAUACUGAAAACUCAUAAUUACUGCAAAACUCAUAAUUACUGCUAAACUGAACUUGUUAUUGUUACUUUAGCAAGAAACAAAAUGAGACCUGAAAUAACACUGUGUAUUAGCUCUUUUUUCUCAGCAUGGGGUGACAGAAUGUGGAGUUUCGCAGUUGGUUUAUACAUGAUUAAAUUGACACCAGGCUCUUUUCAGUUAGCAGCUAUAUAUGGCCUGGUUCUUACUAGCAGUGGUGUUUUGUUUGCUCCUGUAGUGGGAGAUUGGAUUGACCGAACCAAGAGGCUAAAAGUAGUGCGUAUAGUUUUGCUACUCCAAAAUCUUCUUGUCAUAAUCUGUGCUGUGGUUAUAUCAAUUUACUUAUUUCUUACAAAUCAUUCGCAAGUGUUAGAACUCCUCAAAGCUCUUAUAAUUGUACUUGGGGCAUUGGCUAACUUGGCGGGGCAAGGUGAAAAAAUAGCGGUUACAAGAGAUUGGAUUAUGGUUGUCGUCAAAGGUGAUAAAGCACUUCUAGCCUCUACAAAUGCUAAUCUACGUAGAAUUGACUUGUCAGUUGCCAUUACAGCUCCAGUUGCAGUUGGGUUUUUAAUGUCUGUUGUAUCAGAUGUUGCUGGUAUUGCUUUUAUUUGUUCAUGGAAUGUGAUAUCAAUGGUAGCUGAAUAUUUACUGCUAAACAAAGUUUAUAAAGCUGUUCCUGAAUUAGCAGAUAAAAUUUCAAAAGAUAGUUUUAUUAACUCAAAUCAAGUGACUGAAGAUAAUAAGAACGAGGCCAGUGUGAAAACAAGAAGAUUAACAACUAACCUUAACUUUUUGCAUCGGUUUAAAAGUAUGAUUUCUGGUUGGGUUGUAUACAAACGUCAAUCUAUUGUCCUUGCAGGCAUGGCGCUAGCGUCACUUUACUUAACAGUACUUGGUUUUAAUGCUAUUACAACUGGUUAUGCAUACUCGCAAGGUUUAUCUGAAUUAAUUGUGAGUGUUUGUUUUGGCCUUGGUUCCUUAGUUGGAAUUGCUGGGACCUUUCUUUUUCCUUGGCUGCGUAAUAAGUUCGGACUGGUUAAAGCCGGUUUCUUUGGCUUUUUUUCACAAUGGACCAUGCUUUUAUUAUGCGUUGCUUCAAUAUGGGUAAGAGGAAGUCCUAGUGAGAUGCUGACCCAUGAUAAAGAAAAUUCUCAUAAUAUGUCUUCACAAGGCUUAGCAGUGGUUAAUGGACAAUUCAACACAACUCUGACUCCUGCUAAACUUACAGAGAUAGAUUUCACAUCAGUUUCUGUAUUAAUGGCAGGUAUUAUUUUGUCACGUGCUGGAUUAUGGAUUAUCGAUUUAACAAUCACGCAACUACAGCAAGAAAACGUACCUGAAGAUGAACGUGGUGUUGUUGGAGGUGUUCAAUAUUCUUUCAAUUCCAUCUUAGAUUUGUUACAUUUUAUUGUUACUAUAUUUCUGCCAAAACCCCAACAGUUCGGUUAUCUAAUUUUAAUGUCUGUCGGUGCAGUAACUUUGGCUGGGAUUAUAUAUAUCAUAUUUGCAAUACGAUUUAAGGAAGUAGUGGCAAGUGGACAGGGACAUAUACUAAAGAAAUUAAAAACAUACACAGAUAAUGUGUAGCAUAAUCAGUUCCUGGUUUUGCAGAGAAAACUUCAUUUCUCUCCAAAUUAUUAUAAAUAGGUUAGUUCACUUGAGUUAAUUACUGAACAACAGACUGGCAUUAGUUUCCAGCUGUGUGUGACUGUGACAUUUUUUAAAAUUUACUGACCUUGCACGUUGAUUAGUUACACUUGGUCUUGCUUUUUGUCUGCUUAUGGUUUUACAUGUGGUUUAAGAUUAAUUCUUGCUUUCACAUUAAGUUUUCUUAACAUAGCAUAGUUUAUGCUCCAUGUGAAUAUUUUAGGAUAUGUGUAACUAAAUUUUUUGUUACAUGUUGAUAUGGUAAUUUCAGAGUAGGCGUUUUUAUUAUGUGGCAUGCUUUUCACAGAGCACCAUAGUUGCAAGUUUAUAUAGAGUUUCUCUUGCAUCAUUUUAUAGAUCAUUUUAUAGUAGGAUGCUGUCAGAGAUAUGUGAUUUCCGGACUUGUAUACAUUAUUAUAUAAAUAUAAUAUAUAAAAUGAAUUAAUAUAAAAUAUAUAAUAUAACAAAUAUUUUAUGAGAGAUUUUUUUGCACAUAAAGGAUUUAUGAAAGGCUGUACAUAGUUAUUUUAAGUUUCUGUGUCAGGAUCAGAAAGGGUGUGUUGUGUAUUUAAAACUUUUGCAUGUGUUCCUACUAUUUUACAAGUAAUGACCUAUCAUUCUUAAGCUGUCCUUAUUGAUAGCUUGUUUAGAAACUAUCUUUGUUGACAGUUUGCUUAACUUAUAUGGAUUGGCAGUUUGUUAUUUUGGUCCUUGUUAGCUUUACUACAUCUGCAAAACUGUCUUGCACAAUUUAUUCACAAUGCACACACAUUCUCUGAAACUGUUUAUAUCCGCGGAACUGUAGAUAUGUUAUUCAACAGCAGAAAAUUAUUAAUUUGUUUUUGUUUUUUGUUUUUUUCUUCCUGCAAUGCUUGUGCAGGUAAUGUAAAAGUUUUUAUUAUUUUUUUAAUGUGGUUUUAACAAUAUAUGUAAGGCCAACUUUAUGUAAAAUUGUUGUUUAUAUUUCGUCAAAUUUUGAAAUUGUUUACAUCAUUAUAAUUUCUAAUAAUAUAUUCAAUUAAUAUAUUCAAUUUGUUAUAUUUAGGCUCUGUUAUUGUUUUUCUUUGAAAAUUCCACAGCUUAUUUUCUUAUACUAAAUGAAAUUUUCAGCCUACUUGUGAGU